CGAUCGUGGCUCAUGUGUUGGAAUGCGAAAGAACUUCUCACAGAUCAAAUAGUUUCGGAGCAGCCUUGAAACAUCGCGCUGUCCUGAACAAGAAACAUGGGAUGUGGGAGCUCCAAAAUCACGGUGGUUGAACCCUUGACACCGUGCAACGGAAAUGAGGCUGAAACUAUGGGGUUUGUUGCUCAGGGGGGAUCCCGCGGAGACUCUGCCAUAUCCAAAAUGACCACAGACAGCGGGGUCAGUCUAGAUGCAGGGGAGCCGACAGUUCUGCCAGGAACUGUACCUAGACUGCUUCCAACACUGCAAGCCCAGAGUCCUGGACGGGCCCAGCAGAGCCAAGACAGACCUGAGUCCAGUGAGAUUCUGGAGCAGCUACUUAUCCAGGGAAUCAUUCCAGCUCAACAAAGACAGCGAGGCAGUGGAGAAUCGUACAACAUUAUGAUGGAUGACACUGGGAAGCCAAGGAGCAGACCACCCGCUCGACUAGAGUCACUCAAGACUCGCAAAGAACAAGAGGUCACCCGAAAGGAAGACAUUGAGAUGAAAAUGAAACAAGUGGAGGAGAGGAAAAAGGAAAGAGAGGAGGACCUGAAACACAGGUUGAGGACUAAGUCAGCACGGCCUCGUGCUGCUGCCCCAGUGAGCGCAGAGGAGCAUCUCAAUCCUGAGGAACUGCUCCAUUCCAAACAGCUUCCUGUCCCAACCAGAACCAAAGAGCUGCAGACACAAAUCAAUGGAGAGUCUGAGGGCCAAAGACUAACUGAGUCUCCAGAACUGGAAAAUGACUCCACCUUUCAACAGACUGAAGACACAGUUGAGGGCUUUUAGACUUUUAGACUAAGACAGGUUAAAGGGAUAGUUCACCCAAAAAUGGGUGAAAUUCUCUCAUCAUUUACUCACUUUCCUUCCAUCCCAGAUGUGUAUGACUUUCUUUCUUCUGCUGAACACAAAGAUUUUUAGAAGAACAUCUCAGCUCUGUUUGUCCUUUCAAUGCAAGUGAAUGGUGACCAGAAGCUCUAAAAAUCAUGUAAAGGCAGAAUAAAAGUAAUCCAUACAACUCCACUGGUUUAAUAUAUGUCUUAUGAAGCGAUGCAGUCACUUUGGGAAAUAGAUCAAUAUUUAAAUCAUUUUUACUAUAAAUCUCCACUUUCACUUUAAGAAUGUUAAAGUGAAAGUUGAGAUUUAUAGUAAAAAAGGACUUCUGUUUCUCACCCACACUUAUUAUAUUGCUUCAGAAGAUAUGGAUUUAACAACUGGAGUUAUAUGGAUUACUUUUGUGCUGCCUUUAUGUAAUUUUUGGAGCUUGAAAGGUCUUGUCACCAUUCACUUGCAUUGUAUGGACCAACAGAGCUGAGAUAUUUUUCUAAAAAUCAUCUGGGAUGGCAUGAGGGUGAGUAAAUGAUGAGAGAAUGUUCAUUUUUGGAUGAACUAUCCCUUUAAGGAAAUUCUCAAGUGUACAUUCUUAGAAUUGCACAUGCACUUUUCAUGUUAAUCAUGAUUAUUUUAACACAGGGUAUGGUCAGAUCAAACUCUGACUUUAGUUUUCACAUUAUUGUUUUGAAAAAGAAAUGGAAAAGAUGUGCAUAAUUAGUGUCAAGUCAGCAGAAAAAUGGGUUAAGAUUUGUAAAUGAAAUCUGUAUAAAUGGCCAGUGUUCUUGCUAACAAGGGCAGAAUUUCAGAACUAUUACUUUCAUACUGUUACUGACUUGAGUCUUGCUAGGGAAACAUUUUUCUUGCAUUAUUCUUGUGGAAACAUUAAUCAAGUUUCUGUCUUACAUGAUAUAUUGGAAGCCUUAGUAUAUAAGCUAUUGUGUAUUUUUGUUUUAAUUGUAUGUGUAAAUGUUUUUUAUAUGUAUGAAGUUUAUAUAAGAAUAAUGUGUUAGAUAUUUUGUCAAAGUAAUCAAUAUAUUCUUAAAGGAAUAGUUCACACAAAAAUGAAAAUUCUGUCAUAGUUUACUUUCCAAACCAGCAUGAUUUAUAUGGCACCCAAAAGGAGAUGUUAAGCAGAAUGUUAGCCUCAGUCACCAUUCACUUUCAUUGCAUCUUUUUUUCAGUACAGUGAAAGUGAAUGGUGACUGAGGCCACUUCCAUACAUUUUAGUUGGAAAAUGCAUUACAGGAAUAUUCCAGAUUCAAUACAAGUUAAGCUCAAUUGACAGCAUUUGUGGCAUAAUGCUGAUUACCACAAAAAAUUAUUUCAAAUUAAUUUGUACUUUUUUUCUAAAAAAAAAAAAAGCACAAAUCUGGGUUACAGUGAGGAACUUACAAUGGAAGUGAAUGGGGCCAAUCCAUAAACAUUAAAAUACUCACUGUUUCAAAAGUAUAUCCACAAGACAUAAACAAUGUGUGUUAACAUGAUUUUAGUGUGAUAAAAUCGCUUACUAACCUUUUCUGUGUAAAGUUAUAGCCAAUUUUACAACUUGCCAUGAUGAUGUAGCGCUGUAACCUUUCACGAAUGUAGCACAAUUUAAACAACUUUACAGCUCAAAUAAUACACAGAAUAAAUAAUGUUAGUGCUUUAAUACAAUUAUAAGCUUCACAUUUCUGCAUUUAAACCCUUCAAAAAUUGACCCCAUUCACUUCCAUUAUAAGUGCUUCACUGUAAACUCAAUUUUUGUUAUUAUUAUUUUAUUUAACGCGGAAUAUGCCUUUAAUUUCUGUAGGUUUACGCUUCUCAUUCACACCAAAAUGGCGUUUUCCAUCACCGAAAACGGAGCGUUUUGAAAACGCUCUGUGGAAAACAAUCACGUGUGGACGUUAUCUGAGUAAAUUACUACAGAAUUUCCCUCUGCUGUAAUUGCCUGUCACUGAAGGGAAAGGGCUGUCCACAUGGUGGCGCAAAUGAGCUUGUUUUAGAGCAUAUAGUGAGAAGGUUGACGCAAAAGUUGCCUUUUAGUGACAACAGGAAUCUGAGAUCUGUUAUAUUCACUGUAUUUUAGUAUAUCUCAUUGUAAUUAUGGUGGUGUAACUAGGCCUCUUUGCUAAUUAUAUAAAACUAGUCUAGGGUAUCAUUAAAGAUGU